AUGAACAGCUACAGCGUCGAGCUGGCCGGACUGAUACCACUUGAAGCACCUCCGGAGAAUCACCUGCUUCUCUCCCUUGCAGGUAGAGCUGGUCAAGCAGGGGCCGUUACCAGGUUACUGGGGACCACUGGCAUGAACUAUGAGGAUGCGGACCUGCUUAUUUUAGAGCACUACAAGGAUUCGUUCACCAUGGCCGAUCUCACUGCGGAAGAGGCGCAGUUGGUACAUGACAUCUUGCAUAUAGAGGCCCAAGCCGUGCAGAAGUGA